GCGCUGAGCGCAGCGCAGCGGAGCGGCCCCGGCCAUGGGCAGCGGCGGCCCCCGGCCGCACCGAGCCCUCUGGCAGAUGUGCUGAUGUCUGCUCCUUGCAAAGCCCUGACCCGCCUGAGGCUGGCAGAUGCACAGAUGUGAGCGUGAAUCCCCAGUGAAAGGGCCCUGUCCCCCAGCCAGGACACCCCAGUGCUCACAGCAUUCAGGAGUCAUUCCACUGCCUGCAGAAGCAUUGGUGAGUGGAUCUGCACCUCCCAGCCCUCUUCAGUCCCUCUUCCUCCACAUAUCUCUUCUUCUUUUUGGUAGAAUGAGUGAGAGAGAUACGCAGAGCCUGAGCAGAUGGGUUUUGGUGCUCAGUCUCUGCCUUACCACGCUGUGGGGACGACUGACGCUGGCCUCCACGCAGCAGCACAGGAGCCAUUCAGUGGCACUUGGAGGGGGAGCAGCAGAACAUCUUGGACUGCUGAUGGACGCCAUGACAUUUCUGUGGCACUGCAGGGUGGAAACCUGUCCCAAUCCUUCCUCUCCAGGCACAGGGGCUGAUGCUCAGGUGGAGCCCGGCAGGUGUGAAGUCAUCGCCGCUCACCGCUGCUGCAACAGGCACAGGGUCGAGGAGCGCUCGCAGACGGUGCAGUGCUCCUGUCUUCCAGGACAGGUGGCAGGGACGACACGGGCAGCUCCCUCCUGCGUGGACGCCUCCAUCGUGCUGCACAAGUGGUGGUGCCAGAUGGAGCCGUGUCUCCAAGGGGAGGAAUGCAAAGUGCUGCCCGACCUCUCGGGGUGGAGCUGCAGCAGCGGCAACAAAGUCAAGACAACCAAGGUCACUCGAUAGCCUGUGUGAGAAGCCCUGGCGUGGUGCUGGUGCUCCCCUGAGCACAGGAUGUGGCCAGUGCCUGCAGAGCUGGGGGCUCCAGGUCUGCCAUGGCUGCAGGACUGACACAGCUACUGCACCCCAGCAUCUGCUGAGCCCCUUCCCCGGGCACUGCAGGCAGGACCCAAGUGCAGCUGCCAGAGCCCCUCCCUCCACGGUUCCCUCCUUCUCUGUGGACACCUUCACCAACCAAGGAAUGGGCUCAUUCUCCAAUCCCCCCACAUCAAAUACUCCCACUGUGUAAGAGCUGUUGACAAUAGAGACAGACAAGCAGCAGCCCCCAAAGGGGCUUUAUCUGAACGGCUGAAAUCAUUGCUGUGAGUCGCCUUCCCUGUCUCCCGAGAUGCUGAAUCCAAUCUGCAGUCAGGAAUCAGGAAGUCAGUGGUUCUGUGAAAUCCUUCCCCAUGUGGCUGCUGGCCCUGGGGUUCCCCAGAGCAGCUGCUGAGCUCCAGCCUGACCCUGAGUCCCUGGGGCUGCUCUGGGAGCCUGCAGGGAUGUGCUGGUGCAGGAGGGGCUGCAGAUGAUGGGGGGCCGUGGCACUGGGGGGGUCACUGGUGUUUGCUGCCUCCUGCCAUGGCUCUCACCAUAGGACUCAUUAUUGAGACGAUUUUGUAAUGGGGUAUGAAAUACUCUCUCCAGAUGUGAUGUAAAUACCAGACUGUGAAAUAAUAAAGUAAUUUUAAUCUCUGC